AUGUCUGCUAACUUCGUUGAAUUUACUCGUGGUAAAAGACAACUAAAUCAUCUUGGCUAUCGAUAUUGUUUUAAACGUAAAAAUAUAAAUUCGGAAUACUGGAUAUGUGUACAAUGCAAAGCAACAGCAACAACUUAUCCAGAUUUAUCGGUCGUCAUACGUGAUAAUCGCACACAUUUACCAGAUGAAUCUUGUGCAAAAAUAUUGGAAAUUAGAAAAUCGUUAAAACGUAAAAGUACUGUAGAAGUAGGUCCAAUUGACUGUAUAGUUGAGGGUGUCAGAAAACAGAGACCGAAUCAGUUCGCGUCACGCUCUCGUUUAUUAGAAGAAAGGACGGGAUCUGACCAUUAUAUGAUUAAUGAAGAUUCUGGUUAUUCUUACGAACUAUUGCGACAAGCACACGUUGAUGAAUGUGCAAAAUUAUUAUCAGAACAAUUUGCCAGCCAUGAACCCAUUACUCUGUAUUUCAAAACGACAAAAGAAGACUUUUAUCAGUAUAUUCAUCCAUUUGUCCAAUCGUUGUUAGAAAAACAAUUAUUGUUUGUUGUUUUUGACAAACAAACUAAUCAGAUUGUCAGUUGUUUACUUUGCGGAGAUUUUUAUUUACAAAAUCAACACACGUCAUAUGCCGAAGACGAUGAUGCAGUAGCAGAUUUAUUAAUGGAGUCAGAUCAACAAUUUUUGCUUGAAUUUCGAAAAGCAAAUCGUUUUGAAGAGAAAAGAAUUCUACGUAUCUAUUAUGAUGCAACUAAACAAGAUUAUUGUGGAAAAGUUAAAUUUCAUAAAAUGGUUAUCACAAUAUCGGUUAUCAAACUUAGACAAUUUGCUUGCGCAUAUGCUCGAAAGUCUGGCGGAUUUCAAUAUGCAAUUGUUGAAACAUCACAUUCGGCUACCGCACAUGUCACCUCAAUGAGGCCAAAGAUCGAUGAAAAUCGUGAUCGGUUUUAUGUGGCUUUAGCCGAUUCGUCGAUGUCGAAAGCUCCACUCUUCAAUCAUGUUUCAUCUUAUAAUAUGAUUGUAUCACCAAAUGCUCCGUCAGAUGAUAAAAGAUACUUACCUCCUGGCAUAGGCAAUGGUUAUCAAGCCUAUAGUCGUCAGUUUCAGAGCAUUGUAACAAAAUUUUCUUUAUUAAAUUAUCAAAAUAAUUCAUCGGAAUACGGCCUUUAUUCACAAUUCGGAAACGAACAAUACUGGAAUUUCUUUUAUUAUUUUAAUAGUCCCGAAACAAGUGAGAUAUGCAAUCGGAUUCAAAUUCCUAAACCGUCAUAUGAUCCAUUCUGUUUAUUAAAUUUGUCAAAUGUUGAAUAUACGGGAAUAGUCUUAGUUGGAAAUGAAACACUACAAGUAUUUCUUCAACAACAACCGCCAAUCAAUGAUACAUGGUGGAUAUCAUCAUCCUGCGUCCCAAUAAGAGAAAUAUUUAAUUAUGGUGCAUUAGUAACCUAUUAUAAUCAUCAAUAUAAUCCGUCUGGUGAAUACUUCAAACUUCCACAUGCUUGCUCCGAGAUUCAUAUUACCAAUGAUACAACAACAAUUGUGACGAGCCUGAACAGAGGAUCUGACUUAGUAGAUCAUUCCUUAUUGUUGUUUAUAAUUAUUCUUUUCUUUUCCAGGCAGCUAAUGCUAGAUUAGUACACGGUCGGAUAGAUAUUAUGCUUAUGGAGCUGUAUCUUUUCCUGGUUUGUUGUUCAAGUCGUAUUUGUGAAAAAGGCUCACUUAUUGUUAUAAAUUAAAAACGUUUUGCUGCUAAAUACGAGUGUAUUGAAGCUUUCAGAGAGUUUGUAGAGCUCAACACGUCGCAGACUCUUUUGGUAUUCGUGAAAGUCCGCUUAUCUCAAGCAUCAAGAAAAGAUCAAUUAUCGUCGAAUUCAUCUGGAUUAGUAGAUUUUUACUCGAUUGCAAUUAUUUAGUAAAGACAGUGGAAAUCUAGUAAUCGGGCGAUUGCUAAAUUUCUACACAAUGCAACUAUCGAUUUAUCGCCGAAUAAUCGAUCGAUUAAACGUAAAGCAAAAGCCAGUGUGCAUUAAUAUACAUCAUGCGAUGUGCUUAGAGGAUGUAUGAUAAAAAUGACGUUUUUUUCAUUCUGUAUUUCUAAAUUUUUAUUCACACAAUGUACAUUUGUUUACAAGUCGAAAACGAAAAAAUGUGACUCACAUCGUAACGAAACGAGAUGAAAUCUCGAGCCUUAUCUCGGCAGUGCUUUCUUUUAGAAAUCAAAUGUGAUUGUUUCAUAGCAGCUGAAUAGCAAUUUUUACUUAUGCAAUAUGCCAAGCACAACGAGUACCCCCUCCUCCUGGCCACGAGCCUGCACAUCCACUAAGAUAUGAAAAAUCAACACUAACAACAUGUAAAAAUUGUCAAAAACCAAUAAAUGAUACUUAUCUAGUAUUUUACUGGCAACUUAGUUAGUGUUUCGAAAUACAAAGCCAGAAUUGGCUAUUUCUACUAUUUACGUUUCAAAAAAGAAUGCCCCUGACUAUUUUUCGAAUAACUUUUGAUAAAAAGUAGAUAAAGAGAUGCGGUUUUCACUGUUCAAGAGCGAAUAUCUUAAGACAUCAUGAGAAAUAAAAGUCGAACCA